UAAUCUAUUUGUGUUCAUAACGUACGUAGUAUUCGCUCGUAUAUUGUCUAAUAAUUUGUUAUGAUUGUUAAACAUUCUUACAAACGUCGUAAUCAAUCGAAAUGUUAAAUAAAUACCAAUCGCUUUCCGCUGCAACUAACAAUUGCACGUUUAGAUAUGUUAAGAGGACAAAGUAUUUAAGUAUUUCCAACGGACCAAAGCCGUUCGAAUCUAUACCUGGGUUGUCAUCAUUACCGUUUUUGGGACCGAUUCAUCAUUUUAUGCCAAUUAUAGGUUCUAUUGGCCCGAAAGCAAAUUUUGUAGAUUUAGCUCAGCAUUUACACAAACACUUUGGAAAUGUAGUAAAACUGGAUGGCAUAUUUGCCAGAGCGAAUAUGGUUCUCUUGUUUAAUCCAGAAGAUUUCGAUCAGGUUUAUAAAGCUGAAGAAGCGACUCCUCUGCGACCAAGUUUUGACACUAUAACAUACUAUCAAGAAGAGGUACGAAAAGACCUUUACAAUGGACUUUUCGGAUUGACCGCUGCACAAGGAGAAAAAUGGAGAGAUUUUCGUACAAAAGUAAAUCCAAUUUUUUUGAAACCUAAAUUAGUGAAACUGUAUGCACCAGCUUUAGACGACAUUUCCAAAGAAAUGAUUGAAAGGUUAAUGAAAUUAAAAGAUAAAGAAGAGUAUCUACGAUGUAAUUUCGAUAAAGAAGUAACGAAAUGGUCGCUAGAAUCAGUUGCAUACAUUGGAUUAGGAAAAAAAUUAGGAUGUCUUCGUGACGACGUUGAUAAUCAAAAAGCUGAAGUACUAAUAAAAUGUGCCCGAGACAUAAUAGAUCUUGCAUAUAAAUUGGAAUUUUCUCCGAGUGUUUGGCGAUAUUUUGAAACACCAACCUUGAAGAAAAUGAUAAAAACGUUGGAUUUGCAAUGGGAAACUAGUGCAAGUUACAUAAAGGAGGCAAAACAAAAAAUUUACGAACGUGGCUACGAUAUACCAGAUGAAGACAAAAGCAUCAUAGAAAAGCUGUUGGCGAUUGACGAGAAAGUAGCCAUUUUGAUGGCGAAUGAAAUGCUCUUAGCUGGAAUAGAUACGGUUAGUUUUACGACUGUUACUCUACUUUACAAUUUGGCAUCAAAUCCAAAAGUGCAGGAAAAAUUACGUAUAAAAAUGCUUUCUGAUAAACCCAAUCAGUACCUGAGAGCGUGCAUUAAAGAAUCAAUGAGGUUAUAUCCCAUAUUACCUGCAAAUUUAAGAAGAACUACUAAGGAACAUAUAGUUCGUGGAUAUGUCAUUCCAAAAGGGGUUGAUGUAAUAGCACCUAAUGAAUUUUUGUCUAAAAUGGAAAAACAUUAUCCAAGACCGAUGGAAUUUAUACCAGAGAGAUGGUUAGUGGAUAAAAUGGAUCCAUUAUACUAUGGCAACGCUCAUCCAAUGAUUACUCAACCGUUUGGUUUUGGAGUUAGAAGUUGUAUUGGUAGAAGAAUUGCAGAAAUGGAAAUUGAAACGUUCAUAAGAAGAUUAUUACAAGAAGUACGAGUGAGCUGGAAUGGACCACCAAUGAAAGUUGUAUUAAAAGUUAUGAAUCAACUACAAAAACCGUAUUUUUUCAAAUUUGAACAUAUUUAA